CUCUUUGCAUCUCUUCCCACACAAAACCAAAACACCCAUAAAAAACAAAAGAAAACUUGUCUCGUCUCAAGGAAUUUAAAGUAAACAAGAUGACGUUGCCCGAGUUUUUUGGCUGUACAUUUAUCGCAUUCGGGCCUCCAUUUGCCCUUUUCGUGUUCACCAUCGCGAAUGACCCGGUGCGAAUCAUCAUUCUCAUAGCGGCGGCCUUCUUUUGGCUGCUCUCACUAUUGCUGUCGUCGCUCUUGUGGUUCGCCAUGAUACCGCUGCGGGAUGUCCUGGCCUUCGGCGUUGUCUUUUCGGUGCUGUUCCAGGAGUGCUUCCGGUACAUCAUCUACAGGAUACUGCGGAGCACGGAGCAGGGACUACAUGCGGUGGCCGAGGACACGAGAGUGACGGACAACAAGCACAUCCUGGCUUAUGUUUCCGGUCUGGGAUUCGGGAUCAUAUCGGGGAUGUUUGCACUGGUCAAUGUGCUAGCUGAUAUGAGUGGUCCCGGCACCAUGGGCCUCGAGGGUGGCACGGAGCUGUUCUUUGUCACCUCGGCUGCCCAGGCUCUGUCCAUCAUUCUGCUGCACACCUUCUGGAGCGUGAUCUUCUUCAACGCCUUCGACACAAACAACUACCUACAUGUGGGCUAUGUGGUGGGCAGCCACCUGUUCGUCUCCCUCAUAACACUGCUUAAUGCCAGCGAGCUUUAUACUACUACUCUUCUCAUUAAUUACGCCAUCACCAUCUUCACUGGCAUCCUGGCAUUCCGAGUGGCUGGUGGAACGUCUCGCAGCUUCAAAAAGUUCAUAACAUGCCAGUAAUAAAGCGCUUAGUUUUUACCUUAGGUUAUAGCACUCCGAUAACAUUAUUUAAUGAUAAAACAAAAAAGACAUUACCUUGUAUAUGAUUGAUAUGUAAAUGCUUUCAAAUAUGAACUUUAAGACUGUUCGUAAAUGACACGUUUAUUAAAAAUAUUUAUGUACUGAUCCCAA